GCGAAAAUCAGCGCCAGUAACCCCUUUUAAAUGCCACUUCCUCCUCACGAUUCACUUUAAUUAUCCCUCCGUUCAAAACGAGAUUGUUCCUUUUUUCAUUUAGCUCCUUCCUUUGCGGGCAAAAUGUUUGUGACGGUUUGUGUCGGGGUUUCCGUGACUUUAUAGCGAAUGUGUGCCAUAUUUUGGAUUAAGCAAUGGAAAAAACUACGGUAAGAUUUUUUCAAGCAAACAAUGGGUGUAGUUAUAUGUCAUUGUCUUAUCUUAUAUCUGAUCGCAAAUAUAUCAACAAUUAUUUCAACAAAUAGUCCCUAGUAUUGUCAUAGAUGUCAAACAAAAAUGUAAAAUAAUGAGUGUACGGUUUGCAAUAGAAAUAGAAAAUGAUUCGGAGGAAAAAUUGCUUGACAACAAAGUGAUGAACGAGACUGCAGCGCCAUCUGGAAGACAACCGAGGCACAUGACGACAAUCACUAUAAACGACAGCAAAGCCCCAAACGCGCCUGUGCCAAGGAUACGAUGUAGACUUCCUAGAUUUCGACUGCAACAUUUCAUCAAUAUUUUAAUUAUAGCAAUAGUGGUGCCGUUGUUGUAUCUCAUCGAAUAUGGAUACAUACCGGGGAACAAACUGGGAUUCACUUGUAGAGAUCCCAUUUUGUCCCACAAAUAUACCGGUGAUACCAUCACGAUGACCACACUGCUAAUAGGGACUGUGUUAGUGCCUCUCCUUGUGAUUGUACUGGUGGAACUUUUGAAGCACGGCUCCGUAAAAUUGCGGGACUUUUGGAUUUUCUACAAAGAAUUUCUCAUCGGCGAGUGCUUCGUGCUCAUGGUGACCGAGCUGGGAAAAAUUCUGGUCGGAGAACACAGGCCGCAUUUUUUCGAUGUCUGCAGGCCAAUUGAAAACGAACUCUGCCAGAACGGAACGUACGUGGAAAGUUACACGUGCUCCAACGAAAGAUACACCAGGUACUUUCUGGUGGAUUCAUCCAGAUCGUUUCCGUCGGGACACUCUUCAGUUGGCUGGUUUGCCGCCUUGUUUUCUGCCUACAUAAUCCAAAGCCGCCUUCCCACAGAGAAGACCGGCCGUCUUCUGAAACCCCUCCUGGUGGCCGUUUGCGUGACCUGGGGCCUCAUUUGUUCGCUGUCCCGGAUUGUCGAUCACCGCCACCACUGGUGGGACGUUUUGACCGGCAGUCUGCUGGGCAUUGCGGGAGCCAUCUACACUCUCCACUUCAUGAACAGCAAAUUGUACAGAACGCGAAACGCACAAGCUGUCAACAAAAUUUCCACGUCCACGACGACGUUGCUGGACGUUAAAAACAAAGACGCUACAAGUGUUAUCAUUUAAAAAGUAUUAAUUAUGAAGCAUUUUUUUUUGCUCGCAAACAGUAUUCUCCGAGUUUGAUUGUGAUUAAGUUUUAUUUUAUGUUUACGAACUAAUUUAUUUGUUAUUGUAUAUAGGUAGUUGUAAUUUAUGAAUACAAUUUUUUGUAGAAUUUUGCGUUUUAUUUAAGAAUAAAACAUAAGGUUGUG